AUGGGGUGCUCUGAUAUCACAUAUGAACUCGUCGCAUUGACAAAAAGCAGCCUACAGACAGCUUGGUCCUACACGAUGCCAUUGGCAACCUACAGAACUUACGGGUUGUACAGAAAACCUGAGGGCCCACGUAGCCGCUUAGACAAGUGGCUGCGGCCUUUCUCUCCCGCCCUAUCGCUGGCGUACCUGGGGGUGAUACUGAUCAUGACCUUGGCCCUCAAGGUGGUCCAACACGUCAGCUGUCGAGCUGGCCUGCACGACCAGGGCUCUUCGUUCUGCGACUGCCUGCUGUUCGUAUUCGAAGCGAUCUGCCAGCAAGGUCACAAUUUCUCGCCCGCCACGAACGCAGGGCGACUGGUGAUCCUUCUCGCGUACAUGACGGCGAUCGUCGUCAACAACUCGUUCUCGGGGAUCCUGGUGUCCUUCUACUCCUACCGAGGUCCUUCCCUGCCGUUCAGCAACCUGUCGGUGGCGAUCAAGGAAGGAUACCGACUCGGCGUCUUGAACAAUUCCUACUACCACGAUGAGAUAAAGAAUGGAAUCGCAAAUAACGAGGUGCUAUCGGAAACAGGCAAGCACACAAUAGAUGUACAGCCGACUAUUUUGGAAGGACUCAACAAAGCCUGCUUUGAUAACUACGUGUUUCUUGCUCCAAUCAGAACUGCUGGAAAAUUCGUGGGGAAUUUAAACUGUGAACUACUUGUGAUGCCUAUAUCAACACAACAAUUAGUUGUACCAGUGAGGAAAGGAAGCCCUUAUUUGAAGAUCUUCAACAACAAUCUGCUGAAACUCCGGGAGAGCGGUGUCGCCCAGAGGAUACUCUGUGGAAUCCUGCGUCGUAAGGAGGUCUCCAGGCAGGGGCGCAGCGAUGCGUGGGACGGCGUCGGGUGGAGGGAGGUAGCGUCCUUCCUCCUGGUGCUGGCGACGGCGUCGGCCGCCAGUCUGCUGGUCCUGCUCUGCGAGCUGUGCCUCGACAGAGUCCGACCGGGAAGUCGCGAGGCGCUCGUGAUACUGCCAUAGCUAGAGACCCGCAAAAUUCGCGGGUUCAUUUCGUGUUAUGCUAUAAUUCAAAUAAGCAUGCCUUAGUGCUGCUUCUGUCAUUUGUUCACUGUUAAUCUGGAGUAAUGAGGGCCAAUUAGUAGAGACCUGCAAAAUUCGCGGAUUCAUUCGGUGAUAGGCUAGAAUUCAAACACAUAUACCUCUUAGAUGAUUUUGCUAUUGGCUUACUGUUCAUCUCGACGAAUCUCAACCCGUUAUAAACCCUCAACCAAAGAAGGAUCUAAUCACAGACAAACCAGCUCAGACGACUUACAAGUCGGCAGCCAAUGAACUUGCGCUAUUUGCCCGAGUGUACAGG